CCUGAGGUGUCAUCCUCAGAGCUGGUCUCCUGGACACCAUGCGGACUGCGCUGUCCCCAGGAGCCACUUCCGCUUGAGGCCCUGAGUCUGGCCACAGCAGGCGCCGCUCCCACCCGGCCACCGGCUCCCCGGGUGGCUCCGGAGAUGUCCGAGGGUCUCCUGUGCUGUCCCUCAUGGGACUUGGCAGCAUGCGACAGCUGGAGGUAGGAGCGGCCAUGGAUCGGUCGGCGUGGGCCCGAGUAGUCCCGGUGGCCCUGGUGGCCCUCUGGCUGGUCCUGUCCCCGUCGUCCGCGGAUGUGCAGGUUAACCUGAGCUCCGUGGACUUCUCGGAGCUCCCGGCGCUUCUUGGGGUCCCCUUGGACCUCCAGAGCGCACCUAGCUGCCUACUGGUAGCCAGGCCGGCCGAUGUGUGCCUUGCCAUCGAGGGCCCUGAACCCAACAACCGCUCACUGGACCCCUUCGUGCUUGUCCGGCCCCUGGGCUGCUCGUGGGAUCGCACCGGGAGGCGCUUGCGGACGGCUGGAGCCACAACAGCCUCAGCGAGCACUGAGGCCCCAGGGCAGCUGAGCGUGUACGACGACCUGGAGGUGACUGUUCGCUGCGACAGGCCAGCACGCGUGCUGCUGCCCCACGGCGGGCCGUGUCCAGAUCCCGAGUGCCACCCCGUCGUGGCUGCGUCCUGGGCGCUCGCCCGAGCCCUGGCCCUGGCCGCGUCCACGCUGUUCGUGCUGAGGCAGCUGUGGCCGUGGGUCCGGGGUUGGGGGAGCCGGGGCACUGCGGUGAAAACGCAGACGUGUCAGAAGGCGCAGGUGCGCACGUUCACGCGCCUCAGCGACCUGUGCGCCAUCUGCCUGGACGACUAUGAAGAGGGAGAGCUGCUCAAGAUCCUGCCGUGUGCGCAUGCGUAUCACUGUCGCUGUAUCGACCCCUGGUUCUCUCGCGCCACACGGCGCUCAUGCCCCCUGUGCAAGCAGUCGGUGGCUAGCACGCACGACGGCUCUACGGACAGCAGCGUGGGCGGCGACGAUCCGCCCCUGCCCGGGCACCGCCCGCCCAUCUGGGCCAUCCAGGCCCGGCUGCGCUCCCGCAGGCUUGAACUGCUAGCCCGUACAGUCCCCUGCCGUCGCUGCAGCAGCACCACGUCCCUGGGGGUGGCCGAGAACGAGGAGCCGUCAGAAGCGACCCCCGAGCCCUCCUGACCCCAACUAAUGCGGAAAGGGACGGACACUAGGAAGGGAAUGCGGGGGGGAGGAUAGUGCCCAAUAAAGUGUGUUUGAAUCUG